AUGAGAGAUGAUUAUGGAGGAGGAUUUAAUAAUUGCAGACUUGCCGUAUUUUCAACCAAAACAUAUAACAUUUCGCAAAAUCCUAAAAACAAUCUUUCUCUUGGUUUCAAUGGGUUACUCGACGAAGCAACUAGAAAAGAAAAAAAAGAGCUCAUGAAUCAACAGGCUAAAGAAGAAGCUGAAAGAAACUUGCCAGAAAUAGCUACCAAGGUUGACAUAUUCGAAACACCUUUAUUCUUGAACGAUGAUAAAGGCAUCAUAGUAAAUUAUCCGCUUCUCAAGGAUGCACAAAAAAAGGAGAAAGAAGACCAUAUCAAUAACACAUUAGAUUUACUUAGUGGCAAAAGAAAGACACAAGAGGUCACAAAAACUGCUAUAGAGAUGCUCCAAAGGAUGUUUGGAAAUGCUCCAGAACAACCAAGAACGAACGGCUCAAAUUUAGAUAGUGAUGAAUUGGAAAGAAAAGAACGUGCUAGACGUCGUAAAAGCAACCUUAAUGUAUUUGCAUCUGAAUUCACGCCCUCCUUCUUUGCAGGUGGUAACAAUGACAAUAAUUCAAAGACGGCUGAUUCUGAUAUGAUGAAUGGUGAUGUAAACGGUGACCACGAAUCACUUCAUAGCAGAAGGAGAAGAAGAAGCAUGACAUACAUUCCACCAGAACUUCCACAAGCGAUAGAUCCUUCCUCUCCAUUCUCACCUACACCAUAUCCAAACAUGUUUCAUCCACACCCACCUGCUCCUUUCUCAAUUGCACAUAUUCCACCACCACAUAUGCAACCGCCACCGCCACCACAAGCUGCUGCUGCUGCAUUUAUUGAUCCACUUUCUACUUUAAAUUUGGAACAAAUUGUAAAUCGUAUCGAAGAUGGCCUUCAAAAAAGAAUCGAGGGCCUCAUGACUCAAAUAAGCGCUGAAUCAAUCAAAGCUGAGGAAAUUAACCAAGAUUCCAAUAGUGACAAACUUCUUGCAUCACAUAUGAUGAAGGAUCGCCAAAAAGAACUUGAAAAACAAGUGAAUGAUCUUACCAUAAAGAAUCGCGAAUUACAAAAUUCUAUUGAAGAAUUGAAAAGUCAAGAAUCAAUUCAAUUGAAAAAUAACAGUCGCGAGUUGGAAAAUGCCAAUCAUGAUAAUAACCAAUUACGUAAAAGGAACCAAGAUCUUGAGAAAAAAUUUAAUGACUUCCAGUCAAGUAAAAAUGCUGAAACCGAAUCUACAAAUAAGGAACUCAGUGCUCUACGAGCUGAGAAUAGUCGUCUUGAAACUCAAUUGAAAGAAAUCCAGCACAAAAAUAAAAAUUUUGAAGAACAAAUUGCUGAGUCAUCUAAACUGAGACCUCAGAUUAAAGAGCUUGAAAAACAAAUAGGCGAUCUUGAGAAAAUAUGUAAGCACGUGAAUGAAUUGGAAUCACAAGUGGUGGAGGUUGACCAUUUGCAUAAACGAAAUAAAGAAUUAGAAAAACAAGUUGCAGAAGUCAAAGUUCUUCGUCAACGAUCAAGAGACUUUGAAAAUCAAAAAAUUGAUCUACAAAAUGCUAAAAAACAAAUCUAUGAACUUGAAAAUCAAAAAAUUGAACUACAAAAUGCUAAAAAUCAAAUCUAUGAUCUUGAAGCUCGUUAUGAGAAUCAGAAAUCAGAAAUCCAUAAAUUACAUCAAAAAAACCACGAUAUUCAACAAAAAUACAUUUCAAAAUCAAAAGAAUUUGACCAAUUUAAUGUUCAAGUUGAGGGUCUUAAGAAAGAUUUGGCGGUUGCUGAAGGACUAAUAAAUGACUAUCAAAGUAAUAAAGUGGAACUUUCGCAAGCUCGUACAGAAAUAAUUGGAUUGAAAUCUCGAAUGCGUGAAUCUGAAGAAGAAAAAAACAGAGCAAUCGCCGAAAAAAGUAAAGACUUGGAAAAUCAAGUUGCAGAAGUUAAAAUUCUUCGUCAACGAUUAAAAGACUUUGAAAAUCUAAAAGAUGAGCUACAAAAUGCCAAAAAACAAGUUCGUGAAAAUGAAACUGUUUCUGAGAACCAGAAAUCAGAAAUCAAUAGACUACAUCAAGAUAACCUUUCAAAUUCAAAAGAACUUGCCAAGCUUCAUCUUCAGCUUGACGAACAAAAAAAGAACUAUCAAAAUAAUGCAAUGGAACUUUCACAAGCUCGUGCAGAAAUAAUUGGAUUGAAAUCUCGAAUGCGUGAAUUUGAAGAAGAAAAAAACAGAGCGAUCACUGAAAAAAGUAAAGAUUUGGAAAAUCAAGUUGCAGAAGUUAAAGUUCUUCGUCAACGAUUAAGAGACUUUGAAAUUCUAAAAGAUGAGCUACAAAAUGCCAAAAAACAAGUUCGUGAAAAUGAAACUCUUUCCGAAAAUCAGAAAUCAGAAAUAAAUAGACUACAUAUGAAAAACCAAGAUAGUCAACAAGAAAGCAUUUCAAAAUCGGAAGAAAUUAGACAACUUCUUGUUCGUAUUGAAGAUCUUAAUAGAGAUUUGAAUAGUGCUCGUGAACAAAUAAAGGACAACCAAAAAAAUGCAGUGGAACUUUUACAAGCUCGCACAGAAAUAAAUGAACUGAAAUCUCAAAUGCGUGAAACCGAAGAAAAAAACAGAUUGUUUAUCGAAAAAUUACAAUCGCAAAGCUCCAAAGCUACCUCUUUUGAACCGUUAUCAGUAUCACGAAGAAAUUCAGGUGACGUUAAACUUUUAGCGGGAGGAGGAAGCCACGUCUAUGAAAAUCGUGUUGGAACACCUAUAACUCCUUAUGCACAACCACCCUACCAUCAAGUUCCUCUUAAUGGAAACAAUGCACCACAUCAUCAAAUUAAUUCACAACCGCAACCACAACCAUUAUCAUUACAAAAUUCAUAUAAUCCAAAUCAAAACCUACCACCAGUUCAGCCACUACAACAACUACCACAAAAUUUAUACAAUCAAAACCUAUCAUCAGUUCAACCACCACCACAACAGAACUCAUAUAAUCAAAAUCAAAACCUACCAUCAUUACCGUCACAAUAUCCUCAACAGUCACACCCCGUUACUGCCACUUCACAAAUGCCACAACAAGCUCCAUCACAUCCACAUCUUCAAUAUGCUCAACAAUCUCUAUCCACUGCUGCUGCCCCACAAAUUCUACCAUUAACUGUUGGUGCUCCACCAAUUUCAGCAAUGCAAACACCACAAACACCUCAAUUACAAACAAUGCAAUUAUUUCCUCAAACAAUACAGCCAUAUGCUGCUAACCAUCAACCAGUCCCGCAAUCAGCCACUAAUUCGCAAAUACAAUUACCUGUUGCUCAAUUGCCUACACCUACUGCUAGCAAUACAACAACUGCAAAUGCUGCUACUGAACAAAAACCACCUUCAAAUCAAACUACCAAAAUUAACAUUCACAAUAAUAACCAUUCUAACCAUUCGUAG